CGGUACCCUCGUUCCCGGCUCCCGCGGCCGGCCCAGCCUCGCGGUGGGGUCCGGAGAGCCGACGGGCGGGCGGGAGGGCGCGCGGGGAGGAGGAGGAGGAGAAGGAGGAGGAGGAGGAGGAGGAGGAGGAGGCCACCCAGCCCCGCGCCGCCGCAGCCAUGGCGGAGCGCCGCGCCUUCGCGCAGAAGAUCAGCAGAACUGUUGCUGCUGAAGUUAGAAAGCAGAUCUCUGGACAGUACAGCGGUUCCCCCCAGCUGCUCAAAAACCUCAACAUAGUUGGCAACGUAUCCCACCACACCACAGUGCCCCUUACAGAAGCUGUCGAUCCUGUGGAUUUGGAAGAUUACCUCAUCACUCACCCUUUGUCUGUGGAUUCUGGGCCUCUGAGGGAUUUGGUUGAAUUCCCUCCAGAUGAUAUUGAAGUUGUAUAUAGUCCUAGGGACUGCAGGACCCUUGUUUCAGCUGUGCCUGAAGAAAGUGAAAUGGAUCCACAUGUAAGAGAUUGUAUAAGAAGUUACACAGAAGAUUGGGCCGUCGUGAUCAGGAAAUACCAUAAACUGGGAACAGGAUUUAACCCUAACACAUUGGAUAAGCAGAAAGAAAGACAAAAAGGACUGCCCAGACAAGUCUUUGAAUCUGAUGAAGCUCCAGAUGGCAAUAGCUACCAGGAUGAACAAGAUGACCUUAAAAGACGUUCCAUGUCAAUAGAUGAUACUCCAAGGGGUAGCUGGGCCUGUAGUAUCUUUGACUUAAAAAACUCGCUUCCUGAUGCCUUGCUUCCUAAUUUACUUGAUCGAACUCCAAAUGAAGAAAUAGACCAUCAGAAUAAUGACCAAAGGAAAUCAAACCGUCACAAGGAGCUGUUUGCUUUGCAUCCAUCACCAGAUGAGGAAGAACCAAUAGAACGGCUCAGUGUUCCUGAUGUGCCUAAAGAGCAUUUUGGACAAAGACUUCUUGUAAAAUGUUUAUCACUCAAGUUUGAGAUUGAAAUUGAGCCCAUUUUUGCUAGUUUGGCUUUAUAUGAUGUCAAGGAAAAGAAAAAGAUUUCAGAGAACUUUUAUUUUGACCUUAAUUCAGAACAGAUGAAGGGACUGUUGCGGCCACAUGUGCCACCUGCUGCCAUUACCACCCUGGCAAGAUCAGCCAUUUUUUCUAUCACUUACCCUUCCCAAGAUGUCUUUCUGGUGAUAAAGCUAGAAAAAGUCCUGCAGCAAGGAGACAUUGGAGAGUGUGCAGAACCAUACAUGAUUUUCAAAGAAGCUGAUGCCAGCAAGAAUAAGGAAAAAUUGGAGAAGCUGAAAAGUCAAGCCGAGCAGUUCUGCCAGAGACUCGGGAAAUACCGUAUGCCUUUCGCCUGGACUGCGAUCCAUUUGAUGAAUAUCGUCAGCAGCGCGGGCAGCUUGGAAAGAGACUCCACUGAAGUAGAGAUCAGUACUGGAGAACGAAAAGGUUCUUGGUCAGAGAGGAGGAAUUCUAGUCUUGUUGGCAGACGGUCCCUGGAAAGGACGACCAGUGGGGAUGACGCCUGCAACCUGACCAGCUUCCGGCCUGCUACCCUCACGGUGGCAAACUUCUUCAAGCAGGAAGGAGACCGCUUAAGUGAUGAAGAUCUGUACAAGUUUCUUGCUGAUAUGAGAAGGCCGUCUUCUGUCUUACGGAGACUGAGACCAAUUACAGCUCAGCUGAAGAUAGACAUCUCUCCUGCACCCGAGAACCCCCAUUACUGCCUAACCCCAGAGCUGCUUCAGGUGAAGCUUUACCCCGACAGCCGAGUCAGGCCCACCAGGGAGAUCUUAGAAUUUCCUGCCCGGGACGUCUAUGUCCCAAACACCACUUACAGAAAUCUCCUCUUCAUUUACCCUCAAAGUCUUAAUUUUGCCAACCGUCAAGGUUCUGCCAGAAAUAUCACAGUGAAAGUCCAGUUUAUGUAUGGAGAAGAUCCGAGUAACGCAAUGCCGGUAAUCUUUGGUAAAUCUAGCUGUUCAGAAUUUUCAAAGGAAGCCUAUACAGCCGUAGUAUAUCAUAACAGGUCUCCUGAUUUUCAUGAAGAAGUCAAGGUUAAACUCCCUGCCACUUUAACUGACCAUCACCACUUGCUCUUUACUUUUUAUCAUGUUAGUUGUCAACAAAAACAAAACACUCCUCUUGAGACCCCAGUUGGAUACACAUGGAUACCAAUGCUGCAGAAUGGGCGGUUGAAGACGGGGCAGUUCUGCCUUCCGGUCUCACUGGAAAAGCCACCGCAGGCAUAUUCCGUGCUCUCUCCUGAGGUUCCCCUGCCUGGUAUGAAGUGGGUAGAUAACCACAAAGGAGUAUUUAAUGUUGAAGUUGUUGCUGUUUCGUCCAUUCACACACAAGAUCCUUAUCUUGACAAAUUCUUUGCUCUUGUCAACGCUCUGGAUGAACACAUGUUCCCGGUCCGAAUUGGGGACAUGCGGAUCAUGGAAAACAACUUAGAGAGUGAGCUCAAAAGUAGCAUCUCAGCCUUGAGUUCCUCACAGCUAGAACCCGUGGUCCGGUUUCUUCAUCUUCUGCUUGACAAACUGAUACUUUUAGUUGUUAGACCACCUGUGAUUGCCGGCCAAAUAGUUAAUCUAGGGCAAGCAUCUUUUGAAGCUAUGGCAUCAAUUAUAAAUCGACUUCACAAAAACUUAGAAGGAAACCAUGACCAGCAUGGCAGGAACAACCUUCUCGCAUCGUACAUCUAUUACGUGUUCCGCCUGCCAAAUACUUACCCUAACUCCCCGUCACCAGGCCCUGGGGGUUUGGGAGGAUCAGUGCACUAUGCCACAAUGGCCAGGUCUGCGGUGAGGCCGGCAAGCCUUAACUUAAAUCGUUCUCGAAGCCUUAGCAACAGUAAUCCGGAUAUAUCUGGGACUCCCACCUCACCGGAUGAUGAAGUUCGGUCAAUCAUUGGCAGUAAGGGUUUAGACCGCUCCAAUUCCUGGGUUAACACUGGUCCAAAAGCUGCCCCAUGGGGAUCCAACCCCAGUCCAAGUGCAGAGUCAACACAGGCUAUGGAUCGAAGUUGUAAUCGUAUGUCUUCGCACACAGAGACGUCAAGUUUCUUACAAACAUUAACGGGACGCUUACCAACUAAAAAGGGAAAGGAAGAUGAGUUAGAAAAGUUUUCACUCUUACUUUUUCACGAGGAACUGGCUCUGCAGUGGGUCGUUUGCAGUGGCGGCGUGCGGGAGUCAGCUUUGCAGCAAGCCUGGUUCUUUUUUGAGUUGAUGGUAAAGAGCAUGAUGCACCACUUGUAUCUUAAUGACAAGCUUGAUGCGCCAAGGAAAACCCGCUUUCCAGAACGCUUCCUGGAUGACAUCGCUGCCCUCGUCAGCACAAUUGCUGGUGACGUCGUGACACGAUUCCAGAAGGACACAGAAAUGGUUGAGAGACUCAAUACAAGCCUUGCCUUCUUUCUCAAUGAUCUGUUGUCUGUUAUGGACAGAGGUUUUGUCUUUUCCCUUAUAAAGUCCUGCUACAAACAGGUGACAACAAAGCUCUAUUCGCUGCCAAAUCCGAGUGUCCUGGUGUCCUUGAGGUUGGACUUCCUGCGAAUCAUCUGCAGCCAUGAGCACUAUGUUACAUUAAACCUACCCUGCAGCUUGCUCACCCCGCCCGCAUCUCCGUCCCCUUCUGUUUCUUCUGCAACAUCUCAGAGUUCCGGAUUUUCCACAAAUGUGCAGGACCAGAAGACUGCAAACAUGUUUGAACUGUCCCUGCCCUUCCGCCAGCAGCAUUACCUGGCCGGCCUCGUGUUGACGGAACUUGCACUCAUUUUAGACCCGGAUGCUGAAGGACUGUUUGGAUUGCAUAAGAAAGUCAUCAAUAUGGUACACAACUUACUGUCCAGUCACGACUCUGACCCACGGUACUCUGACCCUCAGAUAAAGGCUCGGGUGGCCAUGUUGUACCUCCCUCUGAUUGGUAUCAUCAUGGAAACUGUGCCUCAACUGUACGAUUUUACAGAAACACACAAUCAACGAGGAAGGCCAGUUUGUAUAGCCCCCGAUGACUACGAUAGUGAGAGUGGGAGCAUGAUAAGCCAGACAGUUGCCAUGGCAAUUGCAGGAACAUCAGUCCCUCAGCUAACAAGGCCUGGCAGUUUCCUGCUCACUUCAACGAGUGGCAGGCAGCAUACCACCUUCUCGGCGGAAUCAAGCCGGAGCCUUUUGAUCUGUCUGCUGUGGGUGCUCAAGAACGCCGAUGAGUCAGUUCUGCAGAAGUGGUUCACCGACCUCUCGGUCCUCCAGCUGAACCGGCUGUUAGAUCUGCUUUAUCUGUGUGUAUCUUGCUUUGAGUACAAAGGGAAAAAGGUGUUUGAAAGAAUGAAUAGUUUAACCUUUAAGAAAUCAAAAGACAUGAGAGCCAAGCUUGAAGAAGCCAUUCUGGGGAGCAUCGGUGCCAGGCAGGAAAUGGUACGGCGGAGCCGAGGGCAGCUCGAGAGGAGCCCAUCUGGAAGUGCCUUUGGGAGCCAGGAGAAUCUGCGCUGGAGAAAGGACAUGACGCACUGGCGGCAGAACACAGAGAAGCUUGACAAGUCAAGAGCAGAGAUAGAACAUGAAGCACUGAUCGAUGGGAACCUGGCUACUGAAGCAAACCUCAUCAUCUUAGACACACUGGAGAUUGUUGUCCAGACUGUUUCUGUAACAGAAUCCAAAGAGAGCAUUCUGGGUGGGGUGCUGAAAGUGCUUCUGCAGAGCAUGGCCUGCAACCAGAGUGCAGUGUAUCUGCAACACUGCUUUGCCACGCAGAGAGCCCUCGUCUCAAAGUUUCCUGAGCUCUUGUUUGAGGAGGAGACAGAGCAGUGCGCAGACUUGUGCCUCCGGCUCCUCCGACACUGCAGCAGCAGCAUCAGCACGAUCCGCUCACACGCCAGUGCCUCCCUUUACCUCCUCAUGAGGCAGAACUUUGAGAUCGGGAAUAACUUUGCCAGAGUGAAAAUGCAAGUAACAAUGUCACUGUCCUCUUUGGUGGGUACAUCUCAGAAUUUUAAUGAAGAAUUCUUAAGACGGUCUCUAAAAACUAUUUUGACGUAUGCUGAAGAAGAUCUAGAAUUGAGGGAAACAACAUUUCCUGAUCAGGUCCAAGAUUUGGUUUUCAACCUUCAUAUGAUCCUUUCUGACACUGUUAAAAUGAAGGAACACCAGGAGGACCCCGAAAUGCUGAUCGACCUCAUGUACAGAAUUGCCAAGGGCUACCAGACCUCCCCAGACCUGCGCCUGACCUGGCUGCAGAACAUGGCGGGCAAGCACUCUGAACGAAGCAACCACGCUGAAGCCGCGCAGUGCCUGGUCCACUCGGCAGCCCUUGUCGCCGAGUACCUGAGCAUGCUGGAAGACCGGAAGUACCUUCCCGUGGGGUGUGUAACAUUCCAGAAUAUUUCCUCUAAUGUAUUAGAAGAGUCUGCUGUCUCGGAUGAUGUGGUAUCUCCAGAUGAAGAAGGUAUUUGCUCUGGAAAGUACUUUACUGAGUCAGGGCUCGUGGGGUUACUGGAACAAGCGGCUGCUUCCUUCUCCAUGGCUGGCAUGUACGAAGCAGUUAAUGAGGUUUACAAAGUACUCAUUCCUAUUCAUGAAGCUAAUCGGGAUGCAAAGAAGCUCUCCACAAUCCAUGGCAAACUUCAGGAAGCGUUCAGCAAGAUCGUUCACCAGAGUACUGGCUGGGAGCGGAUGUUUGGCACCUAUUUCCGUGUUGGCUUUUAUGGGACCAAGUUCGGGGACUUGGAUGAACAGGAGUUUAUUUACAAGGAGCCUGCAAUAACCAAACUCGCAGAGAUCUCUCACAGACUGGAGGGGUUUUAUGGAGAAAGAUUUGGCGAGGAUGUGGUUGAAGUCAUCAAGGACUCCAAUCCUGUAGACAAGUGUAAAUUAGACCCCAACAAGGCGUACAUUCAGAUCACCUACGUGGAGCCGUUCUUUGACACCUACGAGAUGAAGGACAGAGUCACUUACUUUGACAAAAAUUACAACCUCCGCCGCUUCGUGUACUGCACCCCCUUCACGCUAGACGGGCGCGCCCACGGGGGGCUCCGCGAGCAGCGCAAGCGCAAGGCCCUUCUGACCACGUCUCACGCCUUCCCCUACAUCAAAACCAGGGUCCACGUCACCCACAAGGAAGAGAUCAUCUUAACACCAAUUGAAGUUGCCAUCGAAGACAUGCAGAAGAAGACUCAGGAACUGGCGUUUGCGACACAUCAAGACCCAGCAGACCCCAAAAUGCUCCAGAUGGUUCUCCAGGGAUCCGUAGGCACCACUGUGAACCAGGGACCUCUGGAGGUUGCCCAGGUCUUCCUGUCUGAAAUACCUGGUGACCCAAAGCUCUUCAGACAUCACAACAAGCUGCGCCUUUGCUUCAAGGACUUUACUAAAAGGUGUGAGGAUGCCUUAAGAAAAAAUAAAAGCUUAAUCGGGCCAGAUCAAAAGGAGUAUCAAAGAGAACUGGAGAGGAACUACCAUCGCCUUAAAGAGGCUCUGCAGCCACUGAUAAACAGGAAAAUCCCUCAGCUCUACAAGGCUGUGCUGCCUGUCACUUGCCACAGAGAUUCCUUCAGCCGAAUGAGCCUUCGAAAAAUGGAACUCUAGAAUAUACUUGUUCUAUUCAUUUGAAAAGAGCCAUGUAUUCAUCAUUGAGUGUGAGGUCUUCUGAUGAGAAAUAGACUUGGAUAUCAUUCUGGAAGCAAUAGCAUUGAUUUACUCACUGAAGAAUGUGCUGCCAGAUGCAGGCUGUUACACGUGAGGCUUAUGGCUGUGGUUUCUAACCUUCUGGUAACAUGCUGUCAUCUUUAAAAAAAAGUUUUAAUGAUUCAAAGGUACAGUACACAUUUACAAUUAUUUAUACCAUAGCUAAUGUUAAAUUUAUUUACUUUAAGUUCUUAUUUUUUAAUUUAUAUUACCAUUUAUAGAUUCAUUCAUUUUGGAACCAUUUUAAAUGUAGUAAUGCUUAUUUUAAAGGUACUAUUAAAUAUGUGAAUGUUUACACUAAUUUUAAUGAGUGGGAUUUUAAUUUCUCUAUUACAGUGGGAAAUGAAUUGUUCAAAAACUGGUUCCAAACUGGCAUCAAAUUUCCCCUGAUCAGUUAAUGAUGGCAGAUACUGCCACCAUUUCUGCCCCCCAACUCUCCCCCAAAAAACGACAACCUGUUAAGAAUUGCCAAAAAAAAUUACCUUAUAACAACACAUUUCUAGGGCCAGGCAAGGUGGCGCUCACCUUUAAUCCCAGCACUUAGGAGGCAAGGUUCGUAGAUCUCUGUGAGGUUGGGACUAGCCUGGUCUGCAAAAGUCCAGGACACCAGGGUUACACAAAGAAACCCUAUCUCAAAAAACAAAAACAAAAAUUAUGUACCAAAAUACCUAAUACUGAAUGCUAAUGACAGCAGUUUAAUCUUUAUGGGUCAUUUUAUUAGUAUCAACUUAAUGAGCUAGCAAUUUGAACUGAUUUCUGUACUUCAAUCUAUCAAAUGUUUAUUGACUGAACCAUUAAUUAGAAAUCUGUUUUAAGGCUGUUUGAUAGGAAGGUAACACUGAGCUGGGGUUUCACUGAUUUUACUCUACCAAAUAAAUGAGAUGUCAUGUGUUUUUACAAAAUGAAUAAAUUAGUUGCUAUCAAAAUAAUUGAAAAAGGUACACAGAAAAAAAUUGACACUUUACACUCUUCCCCCAGUGAAUAUUCGUAUUUUCGAAAUGUUUCAAAUUUGUUGUGAUACUGUGGCAUCUAGAACAGCAACAGUGGUAACACUGCUGACCCACUCCUGAAGUCACUUGAAAUGACACCCUUUCCCCUCUGUGGGGAGGAAACAGAGUGAGCACCUGUCACUGCCCACUUGGUUACCUGAUCUGUUUCACAUCUCAGUGAUAGCAGAAAGGACCAUCAUGAUUUAUAUAAUUAUGGUUUAUUAUGAAAUACCAGUUAUUUUCUCAUGAACUGGAAUGGAGACUUAUUACUCUGUUUUGUUAUACUUCCUGACAAUGUUUUCUAAAAAUACAACCUUUCUCACCUCAGGAAUCUCUAAGCUCUAACUGAUAACACGUUAUUUUUUAAACGUUCUACCACUGGUUCUAAACUAAAGGGAAGGCAAGGAGAAUCAUUUAAUUUCCAUCACACCAUCUGUGAGAAAAUGUUAGUGGAAUAAGCAAUCUCUCCUACUGAAAUGGAAUGUUACUGCAGUAGCCCUUGUGUAUUUACUCAUUUGAGUGUGUCUUUACAAGUUCUAAAGCAGAUGACUUAAAAAUAAGACAACUUUGAUGGACUGAAGUAGUUCCUCCACUGCCAGAAAUUGAGUAUUAAAGGUAAUUGUGCAUGA